AUGACUGAAAAUCGUUUUUCAGUUGAUUACGCCAAACUUGGAACAUCGGCUUGUAAAAAAUGUAAAACAAAAAUUGCCAAGGGUGAAAUCCGUAUUGCUAAAGUGACACCCAGUCCAUUUUCGGAAGGCGAUACAAUGAAAAUCUAUCAUCAUGUAGCUUGCAUAUUUGAUACAUUUCUUAAUGCACGAGCAACAACAAAAAUUAUUGAAAGUUCAACUGAUCUCGACGGAUGGUUAAAUAUAAUGCCAGUUGAAAGAGAAAUUAUUUUAGAACAAAUUAAACGAGUUCAAGAAGCAAGAGCUAAUAAAGUAACAACUAAAUCACCAGUGAAAAAAGCAACAAAAUCAACUCCUGUUGAACGUCCGAAACAAACAAUAGUGACACCGACAAAGAAAAUAUCACCACCACUAUCAACUCCAAUUAUAAAAAUUGCUGACGAUGGUGAUGAUGAAUCAACAAUCGACAAUGAUGAUAUUAAAAUUCUUGACAAGAAAACAUCAAAAGAAGAAACAACAGAUGGAAUUCAUAUUCCAUUAAAUGAUGAUCCAAAACAUCCCGAUAAUUCGUUUCGACAAUUUCGUGGUCUUUGUACAAAAAUCGCUGAAACCAAUGGGCAUUUAGCUAAAACAUCUCUUGUUCAAGAUUUUAUUACGUAUGGUAUUGAUGGUGAAAGUUAUCAAGGUAAUUUAAGUUUGUUAUUUCAUCUCCUUUUACCAAGCAAAGGAUAUAAAUCAAUAAUUUAUAAUCUAAAAUCAAAACAAUUAUGUAAACUUUUCUCAAUAAUCUUUCAUGAAAACGUAAAUACAAUGAUUCAAAAAUGUGAAGAAUCUGGUGAUGUCGCUGAAACAAUAAGUGAUUUUUAUUCAUCAUCAACUCAUGUAAAACCGCCACCAAAGACUUUGCUAUCCAAUUAUGAUGUUGAUAAAUUUUUACAUGAAUUAGGCCAAUUAACUCGCGAACAAGAUCAAAUACCAUUGUUACGUAAAAUAACUGAAAAAUCAACUGUUAACGAUUUGCGUAUGUUUAUUCGUCUUAUUCAAAAGGAUCUUAAAAUUAAUGCUGGUCCAAAACAUAUCAUUGAAAGUCUUGGUGCAAAUGCGUAUGAAAGUUUUCAAGCAACCAAUGAUUUAAAAUCAUUUAUUAAACGUUAUCUAGAACAUAAAAAUUCUGUUGACAAUGGCUCACAAAUAAAUAAACAAUUAUCCAUUAAAAUUGAACUGAUGACACCAGUUCAUCCAAUGCUUGCCGAACCAUGUAAAUCUGUUGAUUUUGCAUUUAAACGUUGCCCCAAUGGUUUUUAUGCUGAGAUCAAAUACGAUGGCGAACGCCUACAAUUACAUAAAGAUCGAACAAAUAAAUUUAAAUUCUUUUCUCGAAGUUUAAAAUCUGUUACUGAACAUAAAAUCGAUCAAAUAAGUCAAUAUAUUUCAAAAGCAUUUCCAAAAGGUGAAUCAAUGAUACUUGAUGGCGAAAUUUUAUUAGUUGAUAGAAAAACAAAAAAGCCAUUACCAUUCGGAACACUUGGUGUGCAUAAAAAGAAAGAAUUUUCAGAGGCUAACGAAGCUUUCUUCAUUUUUGAUUGUCUUUAUUAUAAUGGUGAAAGUCUUUUACACAAGACAUUAAAGGAACGUCGUCAAAUUCUUACUGAACAUAUGGUGUCAAUAGAAAAUCGUAUACUUCUUUCGGAUUUGAAAACAGUCAAUAAAAAAAGUGAACUGAAGCAUUUAAUCAACUUUACAAUUGCUGAAGGACUUGAAGGAUUAGUUCUUAAGAAUCCCGAUGGAAUGUACGAACCUAAUAAGCGUCAUUGGCUUAAAGUUAAAAAAGACUAUUUAAUGGAUGGCACUAUGGCUGAUACAGCUGAUUUAGUUGUGCUUGGUGCUUAUUAUGGCACCGGUAAAAAAGGUGGUUUAAUGAGCGUCUUUUUACUUGGUUGUUACGAUCCUAAAACGGAUCAAUGGUGUACUGUAGCAAAAUGUGGUAAUGGUUUUGAUGAUGCAACACUAGAGAAACUUCAAGCUGACUUAAAAUUUAAUAUGAAUAAAAUAUCGAAAAAUCCAAAUCAAGUACCGAGAUGGUUAAAUAUUAGUCGUGAUCUGAUUCCAGAUUUUAUUGUUGUUGAUCCAAAACAAUCACCUGUUUGGGAAAUAACUGGUGCAGAAUUUUCAAAAUCUAAACAACAUACAGCCAACGGUAUUUCAAUUCGAUUUCCUCGUGUAACAAAAGUUCGUGAUGAUAAAACAUGGAGAGAAGCAACAAAUCUUAGUUAUUUAGCUGAACUUUUUGAAAAAUCAAAACCAACUAAGAGAGAUAACGAUGACGAUGACGAUGAAGAAAAUCUUUUUCAUUUUGGCGAUACGAAUGAUAAUAACAAUAAUAAUAGUCCUCAAAAAUCAACGCCAACUAAACGUAAACUACUCGAAAUUGAUUCCGAUGAUGACAUAGAAAUCCAAGCUAAACCACCUAAAAUCAUACGUAAAUCAUUACCGAACAGCUUACUUAAAGUUCAUUUUCCAAAUAUAUUUGACAAUAAAUAUAUUUACUUAUCGUCAUCAUUACCAAUGGAUGAAUACAAUAAUUUAAAACGGCACAUUGAAGCAUUCGGUGGCAAAGUUCUUUCUCCAAGAGAUAUUAACAAUGAUAAACAAUUAGCUCGAGUAACACAUUGUGUUGGCGUAAGAGAUGCAACAUUUGACAAAAUUGAUGCAGCCAAAAAAACAAUUGAAACCAAUGUGACACAUAUAUCAUUGCCAACUGUUUAUGUUUGGAAAUGUAUUGCAACUAAAACCAAACUUUAA